AUGAUGAACAAACUAAUUGAAGAAGAAAGUCAAAAUGAAUUAGAUGAAGAAAGUGAAAGAGAUACUGAAUCUUCUGAAAGAGAAAUCAUCAAUAAGAAGAAAAAUGGUAAACGUAAGAAGAAUAUUAAUGUUUCUGAUGGAGAAGAAGCAAGCUCAAAACAUAAGAAGUCUAAGAAAGAAUCAAAUGAAGCAAGAAAACAGAAGACAUCUAAGAAAGGUUCUCCAAAACAAACAAAAAAAGUUAAUUUGGGUGUUGGACCAUCUAAGAAGGUUUUUGUAGCAUAUGGAGACAGGCCAUAUAGAGCAGCUUUUAACGGUUUGGCUUUUCUAGUUACUGUAAUGAAGAAACGAAAAUUGUUGAUGUGUUUUAAAGAAGCAACAGAUGAUGAAAUAAAGUUUGAAUUUGUCAAGGAUUAUGUAACAUGUGUUCUGACGUCCACACCGGAAGAGUUCAGUGUUAUAACUGGGAUGUCAUUCUUUGAAGACAGGCAACGUGAAACAAAGGAGGCAAUGUAUGGUGGUGACUUUAAAGAGAGAUUUCAAGAAGAUGAGGAAAUUGAUGAUGAAUUAGAGGAAACUGAAAAUGAAUUAGAGGAAACUGAAGAUGAUGAAGAGGAGGAAAUGGAACAGUCUCCUAAUUUGUCAGAAGAAGGUGAAGAUGAGGAAAUGGAAUAG